AUGAGUUGUAAUGAAGUUUUUAUAGCUCAGUUAACUGAAAAUCAGAUUGGAAGAAUUAAUAAUUUUUUAUAUAAUGAUACUAUAUUACAAAAGAAAAAAAAAAAGAAGAGUGAAUUAGAUGUAAAUGUUACAAGUAUAUUAGAUGAUAAAGAAAAUUCCGAAGAUGAAAAUUGGGAAGAUAAUCACUUUAUUGAAAAUGAUGAAAAAGGAAAUGAAGAAUUAAAAGAUAAAUGGAUUAAAAAUACUCUUAUAGGAGUUUCAUUGAAUAGUGAAUACAUAGUAUUAGUAAACUUUAGAAAAUUUGUUGUUUUAGAAAAAAAAGGAAAUCAAAUGAAUAUAAUUGUUGAAAAAGAUGUAUCAGAAUAUUUAGAUAAUCAAAAUAAAGAUUUUAUACGAUGUGUUUAUGUAUUACCUAUAUCAGGUAAAGGAAAAAUUGAUGCUGGGCAUGUUAAUUGGACUUGUAUUAUUUUGGGUUUAUCUACGGGUCAUGCAUUAUUUUUUACUGAAACUGGUGUUAUUAUUUUUAAAGAACAUAUUUCUCAUUUUGCAAUUAAAAGAAUAGAUUUUGACAAUUCUACAUUACCUGGUAAUCAAGAAUUAUCAUUUUUAUGUAAAAAUAGAUUAGUUGUUUUUGAAGGAAAAGGUUUAUUAACAACAUUAAUUUCAGCACGUUCUAAAAUAGCUAAAAAUGAAAUGAAUGUUAAUGAUAUUUCAAUGAGUCUUGAUAUUCCAUGUCAUGUUUUAUAUUUAGAAAAUGGAUUACAAUCUGAAGAUUUUCAAAUUACUAGACCAUAUAGACCUCCAUUAUUUGAUCGUCUGGUAGAAGGUUCAUUUUCAGAUGAUGGAGAAAAUGCUAUUAUUAGUUCAAAACCAAUACCAGUAUAUUCAACAUAUAUUACAACAGGAGGAAAUGGAUGGGCUGUUUUUAAUUGGUGGGAUAAAGAUUCAGGAAGAGAUUUAAUUACAGAAGGUAUACAUAAUGUAAAAAAAAUAGUUACAGAAGGUGUAGCAUCAUAUAUUCCUAGUUUUGGGAUUCGUUCAUUUUUUGGUUUGACAUCAUCUCAAACAAAAGAUGUUGUUAAAAAAGAUCUACCAUCUUCGAUUCCUUAUUCUCAUGCUCCUGCAAAAUGUAUAUUAAAAGAUGAAGGUCGUAAAGGAGAACGUAUUUUUAAAGCUCCAGAACCAUGGGAUUUUGCUUUGAUAUGUGAUUCAAUAGCAAGAAUUUCAUUAGUUUGUACCAGAACAAACAUAAUUUUAAAAAUGUGGAAAGGAUAUCGUGAUGCAAAAUGUGCCUUCUAUGAAACAUAUGGUGUAAUGGAUUUAGAUAAUAAGAAAUGUAAAACAAAAACAUUAUUUGUUAUAUUUUAUUUACCUAGAAGGGCUAUUAUUGAAAUAUGGUCUUUAAGAACUGGUAAACGUGUAGGAGCAUUUCAUGCAGAUAAAAAUGGUAGAUUACUUCUGGUUCAAAAUCAAAUUUUGGGUUGUCGUAAUGAUUUACGUUCUUUUAAUAAAAAUUUAUCAUUUAUUUAUAUUAAACCAAAUGGAAUGUUGGUUACAUAUUCAAUACCAUUUUCAUUGUCAUUAUGUCAUGAAUUAGAUGCUUCUACUCAUGAUAAAAAUUUAAUAUGUGAAAUAAGAAAGUCACUUAAAUUAAAAGAUAACGAAAAAUGGUUUGAAUUGAUAAAAAAAUUACAAUAUGUAGAAAAUAUAUAUAAAGAAUACCUUGAAUAUAUUUAUAAUGAGAAUUUAACAUUAACAUCAAAAAUUGAUAUUACCAAAAAACUUUUAAAAGAAAUCAAAGAUGAAAAUAAAAAACAUAAAAUAAGUGUUAUUAUGGAGUAUUUAAAAAUAUAUGAAUAUUUUUUAAAAGUACAAGAUGAAAAUAACACUAAUGAAGAUGUUGAAAUGAUAAAUUUUAAUCUUACACAGGAUUUGGUUAAUGAUGCUUUAUUAGUAUUAAAUAUUUCUAGUAAUAAAAUAUCUAAAAAUGGAAAGAAUGUUAUUAUUUUAAUGGAAUUUUUAAAAGUUAUUGAAUUACAAGAUCAAUUAUUAUUAGAUAAAUUUAAAAAUUUUCAAUCAUAUCUUUCUUUUGGUGAUUUAAUUUUUAAUCCAGUAUUAAAAGGAAUUAUUUCAAUAGAUGAUUUUAUUAAUCAAAUAUCUAAACUUCCUUUCGAUUAUUUUUAUAUUAUGAAACUAUUUACAAUUUAUUUUUUAUCAAAUAAUAAUGACAUAAAUUAUAUGAAAAUUUUUAAUUUUGGAAAAUCAAUGAUGAAAAUGUUUUUAAAUAAUAUAUCUUUUCAUGAAAAAUCUUCUAUAAUGUCAUUUAUAAAUGGAAAAGUUUUAGAGACAAAUAAUGUUAGGAAUGCUUUAAUGUUAACAAUGAUUUUAUUUUCAAUUAGUCAAGAAAAUGAAAAUAAUGAAGAAAAUAUUAAUGUACUUAGUGGUUGGGAAGACAUUGAUAUGCAAACUGAAGCUUUAUUUCUUACUGUUCAACAUUUAUUAAUAUUAACAUUUAUUUCAACUUUACCAUAUUCACCAGAAGUAUCAUUAGAAAAAGUUUAUCAAAAAAAAUAUUCAUUUUAUCGAGAAACUUUGGGGAUGUGGCUUUGUCAAUUUUAUGAUAGUCAAUCUAUAUUAUUAUCAUUACUUACAUCACCUGAAGAAUUAAUAACUCAUUGUCAUGUAAAUGAAUUGUACACAUUACCAUCUAAUCUUCGUUAUAAUUCAUUAUCAUUAAAAGACAUAGAUCAAAAUUGUUGGUUACCAUCAUUAAGAAAUAUUUUAAAAUAUUUUCCUUUAAAAUUUUUAUUUGCUGAUGUUUCUUGGGAAUGUAUUUCAUUAUGGAAUAAAUCAAAAUUUAAAAAUAUUUCAAAAUUAAAUAGUUGUAUUAAUUCUUUAAGAAUAUUACAACCAUAUCCAACUAUUCAACAUGGAUUAUGUCUUAUGAUAUGGGAUACAUUUUUACAAAGUCCUUUUAAAGCUUUGUAUGAUUUAUUAAAUACAUCCGGUGAUUUACCAACAGAUAGAGAACUUAAAAAAUUUAUUGGUAUAGGUGAGACAGAAAUAAUUGAAUUUGUAGAUUGUAUUAUUGGUUUAUUUAAAUGUUGGAUGAAAGCAUUAAAUGUUAUUGAAAGUGCUAGUUCUGUAAAAAUAUGUUAUGAAGAUUUUUUUACAAGAUUUUUUGAUUUUGGAAAAAAUACUGAUAAUAAUAUAAUUAAAGAUACAUUAAUUGAAAUAUCAAUCAAAAAACAACCCGUUAAUUAUCAUCUUAUUUUACAUCAUUAUCAUUUAUCUACUGUUAUUAGUUUACAACUUUCAUUAUCAUUACCUACUAGACCAAGAUUUUUAUUUGAUCAAAUAGGUAAUAGAGCUUUUUUUCAAUCAUUACAUUCACAUCCUUUAAUUACAAUAUCUGAUGUUGAUGAACAAUGUACAAAAAGAAGACAAGAAUUUAUGGAAAAAGCUAUUGAAAAUUUUGCAUUAGAAGAUGAUUGUUAUGCACUUAAUUAUUGGAAUACUAUUUUAGAAAUAUCAUGUAGUUGGAAUUUAAAUAUUGAUGCAUUAAGAAUAAAGGAAAUUUUUUUAUUUUACCGUCAUUCUAUGGAUUUACGUGGUGAGAAGGCAAUGUCUUGUUUAGUCAAACAUGAUCUAUUAAUUCCUUCUUUAAUUCCAAUAAUUGCUUUUCGUAUUCGUUGUUUAUUAGAAAGAAAUUCUGAAAUUAGAUCAAUCUUAAAAAAUCAAAUAAUAUCACUUGACACAGCAUUAUCAUAUAUUGAAGUAUUAGAAUUUGAUGAAGCUGAGAUAAAAGAUUAUAAACCUGAAGAUUUGAUACGUUUAAUAAGUCGGUUAUUAAAUAUAAUUGAAACAGAAAAUAUAAAGAAUGAUUCUACUAAAUAUUUGCUUAAAAGUUUUCUAGAAAUUGUUUCAAAAUUUUAA